AAACACCUUGGUGCUACACAGAAGCGCGUUACAAAUUCUGACCUCAAGGAACAAGUGGAGGCCCACAAAGGUUCUGGGCUGUUUGCUCCCUCUGUACUUCCUCAUCUCUCCCUUCUUGUCGAAAUAAAAUACACACCUGCAUUCUUGACUCUAAAGGGUUAAACAAUCCAAAAAGGUGUCUUACACCCUACUAGCAACUCCUCAGAAGCUGUGAAGAAACAGCCAAGCUGUUUUAACACAGGUGUGUUUUAAAGUAUACAACAAAUAAUGUGUGUGUUCAUCAAUAUCAGGGCAAAACCUGGGUUUAAAAAAAACAAAAAAAAAACGAGGACAAACAUUAUCGCUCAAUGAUUCUUUGAGAAGCUCUAUUUUUUUCUUUCUUCCCUCCUCUAUGUGUGUUUUGCUACAAAUUCCUCGGUGGCAAACAAGUCUCACUCUACCUCUUACAGCACGAUAAGAGCAUCAGUCGCGGCGCUGAUACUGGUCUAGUCUAAACCAAAUGGGCACAAGAGAACAGGAAAAUAAAAAACCCAAAGUCGAAGCUCAUACAGCUGCAAAACCAUAUCACUACUUGGUAACAAUGCAGACCUCAUAAAUAAAUGAAACAUAAAUGAAUAGAAAUGAGAAAAAAAAACCCUGAAAAAAACUUUUGUUAUGUUCCUUUAAGCCUGUGGCGUUUUGAGAGUACAUCAAGAGUUUGAACAGAUUUAAAAAUUGUGCUGAUUUUAAAUAAAAGUGUUGUUGAUUACUUUUCGACGAUAAAAGCUAGGGUGACAGAUAAGAAAUGUUUCUCUCGCUCUUUUAUCUCUCCUGUUUCCCCUCCACUUUUUUCUCCUCUUCUCUUCUCUGUUGUGAAGACAUGCUAAAGCACUUGUCGACUUGUCAGCGGGGUCAAUUCAAAAGAGGGGAUAUACAAAAGGGAAAAAGCUUGUAAAAAAUAAAAUGAAAAAAAUCAAGGCUAAAAAUGUAGGCAUGCCUGUUUUUCACAAUAGGGGGAAAUGUUAUUUAAGUUUCCUACUUAUCAAGAAACAUUGGGGAAAUGUGUGGGGCCAACAGUGAACAGCGAAGGCCGUAGCAUUAAUCUGGGGGAGUGAGUUGAACUUCAGGGGUGGGAGGGGUUUUUCUUUGUUUUUUGGGUUCUCUUGAGAAAAUUUAUUGUGAAAAAAAGAGCUCAAAUGAUUUGAAGUUGUUGUGCAAUACUUAAUUAAGACAUGAAAACCACGGGUUAGUGGUAGGCUGACACUGGGCGGUCUCUCCAUCGCCUAGAGUCAGUGUCCUAGAGAGCUUUCCAGUCUACUAUGUCAGAACUGUGGUUUCUUGUUGAUUCUUUUUUCUUUUUGUUUCUUUUUUUUGUUUCUUUUUUGGGCUGUAAACUAUGGUCUGUCAGUCUGUGAAACUUUGCAGUAUAAUUCUGGUAUUGUUGUUCUCUUAACGGUGUAAUAAAUAUGUUAAUACCUGCCUUGGA